AAGUGUGUGUUUGUCCUGCAGGGGUUCAUAAAUUAACUCCAACAUUUCCAGCGGUGUGAAUCAAUCCGGAUGCGGCUUCACACACGGUUUCUGAUGUGAAAGGCAGACGCUUCUCUCAUUUUACACGGCACAGGAAGUUUGAAGUAUGGCUACAGUGGGUGUGAAUGUGAUUGAAACAGCAGCUCUAGGGAGACCCUUCCAGCUGGGGAUGCUGUACGACUGCAGGAAAGAUGCUCUUAUACCAGGAAUCACACUGUGGGAUCCAGAAAAGCUCCAGCAGAGCAUACGAACCCGUCCCCAAAUUAACACCAAUUUCAGAGUCACGUCUUCAGACUCCAUUGAGGACAAAUCAAGCUUACUGAACAUCGACGGCUCUCUGAAACUCAGUCUUUUAGCUGGACUGGUCAAUGUGACAGGAACAGCCAAAUAUCUCAACGACACCAAGACGUCUUUCAAACAGCAGAGACUGACACUGCAUUAUCACUCAACCUGUAGAUUUGAAGAACUGACCAUGAACCACCUGGCACCUGAAAAUAUUGUUCAUCAGGACGUGUUUGAUAAUGACACAGCGACACAUGUGGUGACAGCAGUGCUGUAUGGAGCAGACGCCUGCUUUGUGUUUGACAGAGAAGUUUCAGCAGAUGAGAACAAAAGUACAGUGGAAGCAGAAGCAAAAGUGGUUCUUGAGAAACUCACAUACAUUUCAGAUUUAGAUGCAAACAUCAGUCUGAAGAUGAAUGAAGCUCAGAAGAAUGCAGUCCAAAAGUUCAAGUGCACAUUUUAUGGUGAUUUCCAGUUACCGUCUAACCCGACCUCUUUUGAAGAUGCGUUGAAGGUUUUCACUGAUCUUCCAAAACUGCUGGGAGAAAAGAAAGAGCUGGCGGUUCCUCUGAGAGUUUGGCUUCAUCCUCUGGAGAAACUACAUUCAAAAGCUUCAAAACUUCAGAAACACAUCAGUAUGGAUUUAAUUAUUAAAACUGAAUCAGUGAUUGAGAGUUUAAAUACAACUGAGAUGAAAUGCAGUGAUCUUCUGAAAGACUCUCCUGCUUUGAUGUUUGCUGAAUUUCAGAAUAAAAUACAGCAAUUGAAUAAAAACUGCAACCAGUACAAACUGGGACUUGUGGAGAAACUCAGCUCUCUGCUGCCAAACAUCCGUGGAGACAUGAUGAAGGAAACUGAACUGAAUAAUCUUCUACAAGAACAUGAUGAGUCUCCAUUCAGAAGAUCUGACCUGGCAGAAUGGCUGAAAGAGAGAGAACGAGAGUCUGAUGUUAUUAAAUCAGUCCUCAGACAGCUGAAGGAUGCUGGUGCACAAGUAGAAGUCAACAUAGAUCUGAUUUUGAUGGACCUGGGAGUUGAAAAUCUGGUCUGUUUCAUGUUCACAUCAUUGAACUGGUCAGACGUGCUGCUUCUUCAACAAAAGGCCUGUUUGAGUCCUUCAGCAAAAAGAAUAAAUGAUGAGAGCAGCUCUGAUCGAAAGCAGAAGUCUUGGCUCAGUCCUGAGAUCCAAAAGAACAUGAGGAUCAAUUUGAAGAUAUUUAAGGACUUGAUCGAUUCUAAAGACCGUAAACCAGCCAAGUUCAUCGUGUCCUCAAGAGAAAUGAAGAAUAAUCCUGGUUCCUGCAUUCUGCUGUAUGAACAUGGAUGUGAUGAAGCUGUUUGCUUUAUUCCUCCAACCAAACCAGUCUGUCCAGUCACUGAAGAGGUCACAGAAAACACUGUGGUUCUGAAGGUUCCUCCAUCAUGUGCUGAUACAGUGGAGUUCAGAUUACUGUAUAAACAGAAGCAGGACUCAGUCUGGACGUCUAAACCUGUGAUGAAGAAUCAAAACACAGUUACUCUGACUGAUCUGAGAGCUGGAACUGAGUAUGAGAUCAGAUGUGCAGCAGUGGGGAAACUCAACUACUCCACAGACAGUGACGUCAUUGAAGUUACCACAGAGGGAAGAAACCGAUCAGUUAUGGAAUAUUGUGGCUUGAUGAAUCAGGGAGCAACCAGCUACUUGAACGCAGUUCUGCAAACCCUCUACAUGACCCAGGAAUACAGAGAAGAUAUUUUGAGGCUGGAGAAGAGAGAUGAUUCCCCUGAUGGUGAUUUCACAGAAGAGCUGAAGUCUCUGUUUGAUAAAUUAGACAAAGAGUCUCAUCCAGUUUCAACAGCCGCAAUCUCAAAGAGCCUCGGCAUCUCAGAUGUUUAUAAAGAAGAAGAUGCAGCAAAAUAUCUAGAAAUGAUUCUGAUCAGGACUCCCGAAUCUUCGAAGAUUUUUAAGGGAACUGUGAAGAAAAUCGGUAGAUGCGAUUCAUGCCAGGAAAUAACAACAGAACAGAAAUAUUUCUUCACAAUGAGCAUCUCUCUACCUGAAUCAAACAAUGUGGGCUUUGCUUUAAAGGAACACAUUAAACAAAUACAUGAUGCUACUCUGAGCUGUAUUCAGUGUUCAAAUGGAUCAACAGUGGCAAUGGCAAGUAUCUUUUCCAUCAAGACUGAUGCGUUUAUGCCUGUUCAGUUCAGCUGA